UAAAGGUGUCCUUAAAUCAAAACUCUAUAUAUCUUACACGCCUGUGUCCAUAAGCAAACAACAUUCUUCAUCACCUACACGCAACUCCCAAAGGUCCAUCAAAAUGGCAUCAGGAAAAAAGGCCCUCCUUCUCGGUGCCGGAUUCGUCUGCCCACCUGCAGUGCAGGCGCUAUCUGACGCCGGCGUCCACGUCACAGUUGCCUCCCGGACUCUUUCCGCCGCCGAGGCAAUCACUUCCGGCCGCAGCAACACAUCAGCCAUAUCACUUGACAUCGCGAACAGCGAAGCUCUAGACCCCGCCGUCGCCGACGCUGACAUCGUGAUCUCUCUCCUCCCAUACACCCUCCACGCGGCAGUUGUCAAGUCCGCAAUCACGCACACCAAACCUGUCGUGACGACGAGCUACAUCUCCCCGGCUCUGUGGGAUCUCAACGAAGAAGCCAAGGCGGUUGGUAUCACAGUUCUGAACGAGAUCGGCCUCGAUCCCGGAAUCGACCACCUGUAUGCCGUGAAAACCAUCGACGAGGUCCAUCGCGCGGGCGGAAAAAUCACUUCCUUCACGAGCUACUGCGGUGCGUUGCCGGCGCCUGAUAAUGCGGAUAAUCCGCUCGGGUAUAAGUUCUCGUGGAGUCCGCGGGGCGGGUUGCUUGCUCUUUUGAACCCGGGGCAGUGGUACGAGAACGGGAAGAUUGCGGAAGUCAAAGGCGAGGAUUUAAUGGCUAGCGCUAAGCCUAAUGAUGACUUUCCUCAGUUUGAGCUGGUCGGCUAUCCGAAUCGCGACGCGGUUGGGUUUAGGGAGUUUUAUAACAUUCCCGAAGCGGAUACCGUGUUUCGGGGUACAUUGAGAUAUAAGGGAUUUCCGGAGAUUAUUCGCACGUUGGUGACGAUUGGGUAUUUUUCGCAGGAGCAGCUGGCGCCGUUGGGUGCGGAUGAAAAGGAGCCCUUGACUUGGUCGCAGCUUACGGCUCGACUGCUUGGUUUAUCUCCGGAGACGAGUGAAGCUGAGUUGGAGACCGCUGUUCUGGAGAAGGCACACUUCCUAUCCAAAGAGGAAAGUGAACGCGUGGUGUCCGGGUUGCGAUGGAUCGGAUUAUUCAGUGACGAGGAGGUUGAGCUUCAUGGCUCCCCUCUCGACACUCUAUGUGCCGUACUGGAGAAGAAAAUGGCGUAUGGUCCUGGGGAGCGGGAUAUGAUUGCGCUGCAGCAUAAAUUCGAUGUGCUACGCCCAGACGGCGUUAGAGAGACACGAACAAGCACUCUGAUUGAGUACGGCGAGCCCAUCGCCCCGGGGUCUAGAAGUGCGAUGGCAAAGUUGGUUGGGCUGCCUUGUGCGGUCGGUGUGUUGGCUGUUUUACGUGGGGAUAUAAAGGAGAAAGGCAUGGUUGCUCCCUGGACAAGUGCAGAAAUUGCGACGCUCUUGAGAGACGAGCUGAAGCAGAAGCAUAAGAUUCAGCUGAAGGAGCGAUUUACAAUUGAGUUGGAGGAACAGGUCUUCUAAACUACACAAUACAAGCAUCAAAUGGCUUUUCUAAACAAAAGUUAACCAUAUAUCCUCAUAUAGCGUAAAUACAUU